AUUCAUAUGUUAUCUGAUUCGAUACGCGAUCGCUACCUUUUGCGCCUCUUUGUUAAAAAACUAUUAUUAUAUUGGGCAUCAUUGUUGGUUGUAAACGGAUACAAAUGUUUUUAUUAUUUUUGCAAUAUUUGUUUGUUGUUGUCACAGCGUCCGUGAUAUUCGAGGACUGUGGGUCAGCGUACGAAUUACACGAAGUGAAUAUAAAUGGAUGCGGCAGACGACUGCCCUGCUACAUUACUCUCGGUGAUCUUGUUCCCGUUACAAUGCAUUUUGUUUCUGAGUUCGAGUCCCGUAAGCUUGAUCAAGAUGUACUAUUAAAUAUCAACUUUAUAACUCUAAGAACCAAUGCUACACCAGAGCCGUGUGCGACUGUGCAUUGCCCAGUGAGAUCAGAUGCCGUGACGUCAUACACCAGUGUGAUGACAGUACCAACUAAUGUCGCUGCGAAUCGACGCGGAUUCUUGCAGUGGCGAGUGUAUAAUGAUGAAAAUAGAUUAGUUUUGUGCUAUUCAGUAUUAGUUCAAACACAAACCUGGUUACAAAAAUAUCUACGCAGUUUCAUUAUCUAUGGAAAUCAAAGAUGUUUUUGUAAGUCGUUGGAAUCAAACAGACACUAAUAACAUAUACAUAAAAUAAACUUAGAUCUCAUCAACUAAUUAGUAUAUGAAAAUUGUAAUAUAAUUAUCUUUAUUAUCAUUUUUAAAUUAACUAAUAAAUAGUUUCGUGGAUUUAUUUUUGUAACAAUCCGACCGUGUUAAACAAAGUAUCUGUAAAAAAUUAUAGUGUAGAUCUGGGUAUUGCAUUUUAGUGGAGGAAUAUCUAUGUAUUUUAUAGCAAUUUAAA